AUGUCGAAGAAACGAGAGCUAGGUCCCCUAGACCAGCGCAAGCGGGUGGUUCGCUGCGAGUCAUGCGCCGUCCGAAAGAUCAAGUGUACCGGGAGCACGCCUUGUGAUGCGUGUAUUCGUCGGGGCAAAGCCUGCAGGAGGCGCACUUCUGAACCUCCAGAGGCCAUCUUCGUCUUCUACGAGGAGACCAAGUCGCAGGAUGCCUCCCUGCCCGCUCAAGUGUCCAGAAACGCCGCAUCGGUCUUUGUUGAUCAGUUUUUUGCUUUUCUGUCAUGCAAUCAAUUUGUGCCUUGUUUGAAUACUCUGGGCGGAGCUCUUCUGCCUCUUGUGGAACAAUCUUCGCUUCUCAGCUCCAUUGCCAGUGCCAUUGGAGCGCUGCAUGCUUCCCGCCGCGGCUUCUCAGCUCGAUAUUCUCAAGCCGAUAGCCCCGAAUUCCAGGCCCUGCGCCUGUACUCUCGGUCUAUCGAGUCCUUGAAAGGCGCUCUGACAGAGGCGAAAGUUCAUGGUCGGGAUGAUGUUUUGUGGGCGACAUUUCUUUCUGGUAUUUUUGAGCUGAUGAUCGAUAGCACCGGGGACGGUUGGGCGAAUCACAUGCUACAUGGCACCUCUCGUUUAUUACAAGCGGCAGGCCCAGAACGCUCGAUGUCGCUCCCUCGACAGAUUUUUGGUCAGGUCUUCCAGAUCUUCGAGGCCAAUCGAGUGCUGGUGUACGGAGGAGGGACAAUUUUAAAUAGCGAGAGCUGGACGGCCAUACAUCAGAGCGAUUCAUCAGGUACAGAUACAUGGGACGCACUCAGUGCCAUCUCAUCACGGAUGGUGCAGGUUUACGAUUUUACUGCCCGCAGAUUCUAUGACCAUGUGCGCAAGUUCUCAACUUCCGACAUUGUCGACCCCGUGCUAGAAGCAUUUGGCUUGGAAGCCCAUUUACUACAAAACGAUUUACUUGAACUUCGUGAUAAGUUGCUUGGUCUCGAGACUGGCGAUGGCGGAAGCCUACAGCCUCACCUUGCACAAUCAUACUGCCUCUACAUGAUCAUCACCAUUUUUAACGCCUUUGAUUACUAUCAAUGUUGGCACCUGUCGCAUACUCCACACAUCUCUUUGCUUGAAAUAUCUACCUUCGUCGAUCAAAUCAUCUGGCGCUCGUCGCUCGUUCUCAAUACUCCAGGCGGCCCUGGGGUGUUACUAUUACCUCCACUGAGAGGUGCGGUCACACGUGCACGGAAGGAUGACCAAAGAUCCAGCAUCUUGGACCUGUUGGACCAAAUUCACAAACAAGGCUUCAAGGUGGCCAACAGAGUCAAAGAAGAUAUAGAUAUCCUUUGGGCGUCAACAGCGAGCUAA